AUGCACCCCCACCCAACGAUUCGGAUUCCCAGUUCUCUAUCUUCCCUCGACCCCUCUCUGAUAGUCGUACUCGCCGCCGUCGAUUAUUACUCUAUGUGUCGUCGUGAACUAGAAUGGAGGAGUGGAGUCGCGACACGGAUCUUCUCUCUCCCGUCGUUCAUUAUCUCUCCAAUCGCACCAGAACCGCCGCCAAAUCCUCUUAUUUGUCCAGGGACGGGAGCCAUGUUGGCUUUAAUCGGAGGUGCUGGUCGAUCCGAUAAGAAGCAGAGGAAAGGGAGAUGGAGCAAGCUGUUGCGUGUUCAUCUCAGCUGCGAAAGAAGUCGGAGGUUUGGGGCUUGA